AUAAUUUAGUAUUUUAUUAAUAUUUCGACCCAUAUUCACUUAUAUAUUAAAAUUUACGCAGCUACUACCAAAUCCUGCACCAUUAUCACAUAAGAAAUAAUAAAUCGGCGUUAAGAGUUGGUUUGGUUGGUGGUGAAGAAGCAUAAGAAGAAAAAAUUUCUAACCACAUAAUUUAAUGCAAGAGGCGACAGAGUUAAGAGUAGCGUCAAUUUUACAUUCUGUACAAUGGAAGAAAAAUCGAGUUCGACUGUCUGCAGAUCAACGAUGAAGAAUUGUAAAAAUGAAGACACUGGGAAUGAAAUGAUCAUAAGGGUGGAAACUAAAAGUAGAGAGUCCAUGGACAGCAGUUGUAAACGUGAAGAGUUUGAAUGUAAAGAACAGUUGUGCCGUUUAUGUGCAUGUACGAUUGGUACAGGCAUAUACAUAUUCAGUGGAACUGGAAGAGAACAACAGCUUGCAAACAAAAUCAAUACAUGCCUACCAAUAACAGUUACCGUAACUGAUUUAUUACCAAAACAACUGUGUGUGUCAUGCAGUAACAAACUAAACAUUUGUUUUGAUUUUGCUGAGACAUGCAUUAAGGCUGAGAUGGAAUUAAAAAGAAUAAUGAAAAUCCAUCCAUUAGAUUUCCCACUAAGUUCAUCAAUGACUGCUUCUUACAACUAUUUUAAUCAUGCCAUUAGAGAUGACUGUGAAGGCAACACUGCAGAUAGUCAACUAGGUGAAUUAAAUGAUGAUACAGAUGGUGACAAAAUAUAUGGUUGUCCAUUGUGUCAUGACGGGAACAUGAUUCUUCAGAAAGGACUUUGUAAUGCAGAACAAAUAGAUAUAGCAGAUGCCUCUCAGUUCAGUAAAAAUGGUGAAAUUGUGGAAAUGUGUGACGUGGCAGAAGAAUAUGGUGAUAAGCAACUUGAAAAAUCUGAAUCCAAGAAUGACAGUCCAGUUAUUGACUUCAGUUACACCCAAAAGGAUGAUAGCAGAGAUACAAAAUAUUCCAGUGGUGGAAAAGACAUGGAAGAUAUUCCUCCCACAACAUUUUUGUGUCGUUUCUGUGGCAAUUUUUGUCCGGACCUGAAGUCCAGCUUAGUGCACUCCAAGUAUCAUGUGAAUGAAAGUGGUUUACCAUGUGUGCUUUGUGACACAUAUUUUACAAAGGAGACAGAUUUAGAAAAUCACUUUAGAAAUCAUAGUUUUGAAGUGCAUAAUAGAUUCGCUAAGGUACAAAAUGAAUGUAGUGAACAGAAAACUGAAACACAUGUACUUAAUGAUACAAGACUUUCCAAGUGUUCAGAGUGUGGUAAGAUAUUUGGUACCGCAGAAAGGCUCUCGUUUCAUACCCAAUUUCAUUACGGAACAAGACCUUUGGUUUGUGAACGUUGCACAAAAGAAUUUACUAGUGAGAAUAUGUUGUUUCGUCAUAUGAAUUUAGUUCAUGGUGGUACUGAAACUUGUAAGAAAUGUGGUACAGUGUUCAUGUCUAAAGUUAAACUGGACACUCAUGCCUGUGAACUCAUGAAACAACCAUUCAGAUGCAAGAUAUGUAGAAAACAGUUUCAAGACACUGUUAUGCUGAAAAAGCACAUGGCAUCUCAUAACUUCAUUUUAGCAAAACCCUUUCAGUGUAGUCAAUGUGACACCAGUUUCACCCACAUUUCCAAGCUCAAUAUGCAUGUACGGAUUUUUCAUUGCAGUCCCCUUACUCCUCAGAUUUGUGUUAAAUGCAAUGUGUGUGGAGAAGUGUUCCCCAACAUGGAGUGUGCUUUAUUACAUACUGAAAAACACACCACGCCUGAUUUGCUGGAUGAUUUUAAAAGUGUUGAAGAAAUAGAAGCAACAAUGUUGUUUUGUUGUGAGUACUGUGAAUCAUUGUUUACACACAUGGAGCAUUUGUUACAACACAUUUCAGAACAUUCUGGUUUCAACCCGUACCACUGCUCAUACUGCAAUAUGCUCUUCCCAGACCAUAACCAAAUGAAAUUUCAUAAAAAGUAUCAUGUAGAGCAUGAAAAUCGGCAUGAUGAACUGAGCUUAUUUUCAAUCCCUCUGUUGUUUGUGUGUGAAAAGUGUGAGAAAAGUUUUAAUACAUGGAAGGGAUUGCAAAUACACUACAACAUUCUACAUAAUGGUUAUCCAAAAAGAAAUUCUCAAAAUGCAGAGCAGAAAAAGUGUAGGGAUGAGAAACCUGAAUUUCAUCUAUGUGAAGACUGUGGAGAGAGUUUCAAGAAACGAGCUGACUUAAGACGACACCAACUGAAAGAACACCGUCCACAAAACAGGUUUCCAUGUGAAGAGUGUGGAAAAGUGCUGUUACACUACUCUGGGCUCAUUAUUCAUCGGCGUCAGCAUACAGGAGAGAAGCCUUUCAUGUGUGAUGUCUGUGGAAAGAGUUUUCCACAAGGUCCUGCUAUGUAUACACAUCGACGAACACAUACACGAGACUACCCUUACAGAUGUGAAAUAUGUGGACAGACAUUCAACAAUAAAGGUGAUCUUAAUAAUCACCGUCGCUCAAAACAUACCAAGGAGCGCCCUUUCACGUGCAACGUUUGUAAUAAGUCCUUCCUAACUAGUGGUGUGUAUUACCAGCACAAACAACUUCAUGCUGGCAUUCGCAAAUACAAGUGUGCUCAUUGUGACAGAGCUUUCAGCCGAUGGAAUGCAUUGAGCAUUCACACAAAAUCUCAUACUGGGGAGAAGCCGCAUGCUUGUCAUGUGUGUGGCAGAGGAUUUGCACAGAAAGGUGACAUGAAGAAACACAUGAGAACCCAGCAUGGAGUAAUCAAAUGAGGAUAGUGGUUCUUUAUCAGAAACCCAAAUGCUUUUACAGUUGCUUUGUUUUAAUUUUGUACAUCUUUUGUAGCUCUCAGUUCUUAAGUAAAUGUUUUACCUUCAGAAAAUUUGUAUCCUCUUUCUGUACUUUAAUAUUAUCUGCAGACAGAAAAAUGUUAGUGUAACAAACAUGUUUAAAAUCAAGGGGACCCAGAGGAUGGUUAGACUUCAGCUUUCUAUUAGCUGCAGUUAGAUUUGGGUAGGACAUGCAAACCACAUGAGAACCUGCAGGUAAGAGAAUAAUAUUAAUGAAGAGUUUCAAGCAGAACUCCUGAAGCCUACCUCACUGCAUAAAUUUAUAGUUCUAGUUUUGUAACAUAUUUUAUUUUACUCUUGUGAAGGUCUUUUUCUUAAAUUUGUCAGAUAUAACCUCAGAAAUGUGUGAUGCUGCCAUGUUUAUAAUUGUUGGCUUGCAAGCAGCAUUUGAUACAUAAAGUGUAGGUAUGUUUCAUCUGUCCCAGUACCAAAUUUCACGUCUGUACAGAGACCCCAAAAAGAAUUCCCAUGGAUUUAAACUUUCCACACCCCCUUUGAGGUGCUAGACUUCCUACUUCACACACAGUUUCCAUUACUUCCCACCAUUCAUGUAGCUAUUUUGUUCUCACAAAUGUUGUUAGAGACAACUACUUUGGGUUUGUAAUGGACACCAGAAGGGGCUCUAGGAGAAUAAAACAGUAUGCAAAGAGUGGGGUGCCUUGAGUGUCAUUGCCUGCAAUGUUUAUGGUACGUCUUCCUUUGCUGCCAGCAUAACUCCAAUAAAUUGUCCAUUAUCCCAAUCAUGAGUCAUGCAGGACUUGGACCCUGGGAUAACUGUCCUGGCGAAGAUAAUCAGUGACUGUAAACGAUGGACCUGCAACAUCUGUCAGUAAGAAUAAUCUGGUUUUGGGCCCCAGAUGGGGCUUGACACCAAGACAGACUGGCGGACUGACUGUCAGUUUUAAUGUAACUUUGACUUUUUUGUCAGUCGAGAAUGUUGGUUGCAGCUGGGAGUCAGACGUCGGCUGCGCUGGUAGGCUCUGGCCUGCAGGGGUGUAAGCACAGAAGUGGAGGAGCCUCUGCUAUUGGGGAACAGUAACCAAGCAAUGCCUAUUGAAGAUUAUAAAAAUUGAGAGAAUGUGUGUUACAGAGAGAUGUACAGUGUAGUCCAAGAUUUAAGUGUCCAAUAAAUUCAGUAAUCAAUCCAAGCCCUGUGUACAGUCACUAUUAUGUGACAAUAUUGUAAAUAUAGUACCAAUGUCGUUAAAAUUUAAAGGUCUGUUUGGAAAUACCGGUGGUUAGUUGGAAACAUACAAAAGACAAGUACCGAAAUAUGCAUCUGCUCUCGGUAAAGCAGAUACUACAAACAGAGAUCAUGAUCAUUACGUGGGGAAUUGUAGAUCAAAAUUCAACAAUUUUCGUGAUC